UUUUCUAAACGCGUAUGAAAUUUGCUUUACCCACGCCCAUGUGAGCGUGCUUUUACGCUUGAUUCAUCUUCUUCUCUUUCUUCUUAUAUCCCUCCUUGUCCUCGACGUAACGUUUCUCCGUGCGGAGUCUGUUUUAUCAUAUCGCGAUCGCGAAUUAGGAGACUUUAUGACAGGUACACAUGUCGCUUCCGAUUUUCAUCCGCCUUCAACUCCAGAGAUGAACCUAGCAACGCGAAUUUUACGGUGUUAUUGCCAAAUCAUCUCGAUCGAGCUCCCAUCGAGCUGAGCUAUCGAACUGGGAGACCCGUGUCGAGUGUGUAGUGUGUACGUGAAGACGGUAAACUGCCAAGGGUGUUUAGACACAUUGCAUCCCGAUGAUGGCGAGUGUGCGCGAAUCUGCACGAAUAAUACCGCAGUGACAUGAUAGUGAUCGCGCGCUUCAUCGCGGUCCAACGAGGUUGACAGACUAGAUUACUCGCGGAUUACUCGCGCGCGUGUACGUGUUCACAUGACUCCCGCGUCUGCCUAAGAAACGCACGAGAAUGGGUGUUGGCCUAAAACCGCUCGAGUUUACGGAUUGCCUGACCGACAGCCCGUACUUCCGCGAGAAUCUCCACUAUCACGAGCGUGAAUUGGAAAAGACCAGCCAGCAGAUCAAGCGGCUCGUUAAAGAGGUCAAGGAUUUGUUGCUGGCCGCAAAAAAUUUGUCCAGGGCGCAGAGAGCCUUUUCCAAGACGUUGCAGAAUUUUAGCUUCGAAUGCAUCGGUGAGAGUCAAACCGAAGACGAGACUCAUAUAUCUCAAAGCUUGAAGGAAUUUGGCAAGCUUAUUGCGUCUAUAGAGGAUGAAAGAGAUCGUAUGUUGGAACGAGCGUAUGAUCAGAUCAUACUGCCUUUGGAAAAUUUUAGGAAGGAACAUAUUGGAGGAGUUAAGGAUGGCAAGAAGAAAUUCGAGAAGCAGACGAUCAAGUUUUGCCAAAGUCAGGAGCGUUACCUGAAUUUAUCUACUAAAAAACAAGAUAACGUUCUGCAAGAGGCUGACGCGACGCUGGAGAUGGCUGAACGACACUUCUCUCAAGCUAGCUUAGAAUACGUGUUUUUACUGCAAGAGGUUCAGGAACGGAAAAAAUUCGAAUUCGUGGAGACGUUGUUGGGAUUUAUGUUCGGCUGGUUGACGUUCUAUCAUCAAGGCCAUGAAGUUGCAAAAGAUUUUAAACCUUACAUGACAGAGCUGCAAUUAAAGAUUCAGAAGACUAGAGAGAAUUUCCUUGCUACCCGGGAUAAAACCGAGUCACUUAUGAAUAAAAUGAAGGACAUGAAGAAGUCUGCGGUAGAAAGUGGUCUCAACAAACUGCAUUCGCGCGAAGGGUAUCUAUUCUUAAUGGAGAAGAAAGCGUUUGGCACAACAUGGACGAAGCAGUACUGCACAUAUCAAAAGGACAAAAAGGAGUUCACUAUGAUCCCUUACAAUCAGCUCACGGGGAAAUUUAGCAGCAAGGAAACCUUCACGCUUGCCACCUGCAUACGACGAACAUCGGACAGCAUUGAAAAGAGAUUUUGCUUCGACGUCACAGCUGUCGAUAAGUCUUUCCAUCGUUUUUCCAGACCUAACGUAACGUACACAUUCCAAGCGCUUUCCGAGGAGGAUCGAAAGUUGUGGAUGGACGCCAUGGACGGGAAGGAACCUAUCUGUCGAUUGGGCUCUUCCGCGAAGUCUGAAGACGCAACGUUGGAUGAGACCGGUUUUACAUUUGUGACCAAGUGCAUCGUCGCGCUCGAAGAUAGAGGACUCGAAGAGCAGGGCCUGUACAGAGUGGUCGGCGUCGCAUCGAAGGUGAACAAACUUCUGACGAUGGGACUCGACAAGCGAAAAAUGGACAAGCUCAAUCUGAACGACCGCUUCGAGUGGGAGAGUAAAACCAUUACCAGCGCGCUCAAGACUUACCUGAGAACGUUGCCGUUAAUGACUUACCGAUAUUACACCAGCUUCAUUACAGCUGCGAAACAGGAGACGAAGGAAGCUCGGAUAAACAGUAUACAUAGCCUCGUUUAUCGAUUGCCUAAGGCCAAUUUUAACAUCCUGAUGCGUCUUAUUACUCAUCUGUGCGGUGUGGCAAAGAAAAGUGACAAGAACCUGAUGACUGUGGGGAACCUGGCGGUGUGCUUCGGUCCGACUCUGUUGCGACCCGAGGAGGAAACGGUGGCUUCCAUAAUGGACAUCAAGUUCUACAACAUCGUCGUAGAGAUACUGAUCGAGAACUGCGAGAGAAUAACCGCCGGGCCGCCUCAGGAUUCUCUGCGCGCAGCAGCCGCGCAAUCGUCGUCGUCGUCGCAAGCUGCCGUCGUCGCGAGCAAAUCGCAGUGCGUUAAAACGGAGGAAGUCCCGACCUCCUCCUCGGGUAACGGCACGGCAUAUCUCAGAUAUCCCACGCACACGGCGGUGACGGUAACGCCCACGUCGUCACACACACAUCUUGUAACCAGAGCCUACUACGACGGCCAGCUUCUACCAGUUGUUAAUAAAUCGUCCACCAUGGACGAAAGGAAUAACGGGGACUACGAGGAUCUCGAUAGUACGAGUCACCGCAUACCGUCGUAUCUAGACGGGCGUGGUGGUGGCGGCCGCAUGAAAUUGACCAACGCGAAUCUCAUGUACCAUUCAGCCGACAAAGUCCUUAGCGGUGGCAAUACGAGCAGUUCCAGCGAAUCGAUCGCGUCGGAUCCUCAUCCGUUCACGAGCGAGCUACCGGUGAAACAGAAACGCGGCACCAUGAUGUCCGUGCACUACGCCACGGCUUACCCGCAACGCAGCAACUCGUCGUCGAUAUGCCCCGUCAACACGUCGCCCAGUAGCGGACGAUCGAGUCCCGGUCAGGUGCCAGGAAUCUGGCGAGUGCGAACCCUGUACGCGUGCUUGGCGGAAAACGACGGCGAGUUGUCGUUCGAACCAAAUCAAAUCAUCACAAAUGUCAAGGCCUCCUUGGAGCCAGGUUGGUUGGAGGGCACGUUAAACGGCAAAACGGGACUGGUACCGAAGAAUUAUGUCGAGCAGCUACCCUAAGUGUCACAAGAACACCAAAGAGUGCCUGAGAUAAACGUGGCCGUAUGUUUUGCUGCUACAAAGCACGCACGUUUCAGUCGAGUCGUUUUCUUGGCUUCAUCAUCGGAAACAGGGAUUUCACGAGAGGUAUGCAACGUGAUAGACGAACGACGCUCGCGUUUUAUACGUGACUAUUGUAUCAGUUUUUCUUUGGCUACAUGCUGCUUAGUCAAUUAUAUAUAUAUAUAUACAUACACACUCGUAUGAGCGUUAUUUAUUAGAAGCCAUUUUACUCCUUGUAUAUCGAGAGAGAGAAAUUGUAUAUAUAUAAUUGUAUAAUUGUAUAAUCGCUUAUAAAUAUAUAUAGGAAAGAAGUGAGAUGUAUAUGUGCAGAAGGAUCAUAUAGAAUUAAUAUAUAUAUAUAUCUGAUGCAUUUGAAUACAUUUAUACAAAGUGACAUUUCCGAUAUAUAUAUAUACACACACGCACACAUGCACGCACGUCGUUUGUAGAGGAUUUGUAGGGGAGGAGAAAAGGCAAUAACCAUUCGUUUAUACUAUUGUAUUAUAAUAAAAUAUAUAUAUAUAUAAUACGAUA